AUGAAAGUAAUCGGAUUUCUACUGUGUUUACUGGCUCUGACCAGUCUUGGUUCGGGUGCAACUGACCUAGAGUCCAAGCAGGAACAGAUGCGAACAGCGAUACCAUGGCUGCUCCUAUUAUCCUAUCCCGGGGGCUUGCCACAAGCUGGUGCCCCAUUGCCUGGAAUACCCAUCCGGAGACCCUUGGACGAGCUACCUCCUUCCAGUGCCACCAUGAAGUUGCCGCUUUUAGAUGAGACAACAAACUCCCAACCAGCCAGCGAUUUGGUACGUGAACAGUUCCUCCAGGGAAUUCUACAGGGUUUACGGCAACCUGGAAGUGGAGCAACUUCACCCUCAGCUGCCAUGCUGGCAGAUUUUAUUGCCCAGGCCACCACCACGACGCGAAAGCCAGCGGUGGAAAAGGACUUGAAUGCGCCUGGUAACGAUGAGGACUACGACUAUAUAGACUUUAAGAACGGAUCGCGUAUCAAGUACGAUCUGGAUGGAGCUGAGCAGCCGGUGAAUAAAGUUCUUCAGCAGACUACAAGCCGUCCGACUGUGGCUCGUCCCCAAAGUCAAACGCAAAGCAAUGUGGUUUACUAUAGACAGCCAGUAAGAUAUGUUUAUUAUAGACCCGUCUACAGACCGAUUGGUUUUUACAAUAGAGUUGGCUAA